UAAAACAAACUACAUACACUAGCACUUCAACAAUAUUUCAUUCGUACACAUUAAAUGUGACAGAACAAUUAUACUUAAACACACUUUGCUUGAAUUAUAUUUAACGAUUCGCGGCGAAGAACUCGGUCGAAGUAAAAAUUCGAUAGAGGGGUAUAUUUUAUUAUCACGCUGAGGUUAAGUAACUCAGGAGGAAGGUAUGGUUUGUGAUGGCUUCGUUUACAAAUAGAAUUUUCAAAGAAAAAUUUCUUACUGGAUUCAUUGAUAACGAAACUUUGAACACGACGUGUAAAGAGAUCGCCACAGAAAUACAAUCUGGAUAUGUGAAGCUUUAUGCAAUUGUGAAAGAACUUGGGCCUUUUGUAACAGAUAAGAAUGCCAUUGUACGGGAGAACGGCAUCAAUGCUUUGUCUUCUAUCUUAUCGCAUUUACCUAAAGAUUAUUUGAACGAAGCUGAAUUACAGUUUAUAACAACAUUUUAUUGCGAUAGACUUAAAGAUCAUUCUAACAUCAUACCAGCAGUAUUAAAAGGAAUUUUAGCAAUUGUUCAGAUGAAUCACUUGCCUCAUGAUUCGCCGGAACGUUUAUUUAGAAUUCUUUUCGAAAAUGUACAAUGCCAAUCUCAAUUAGUCUGUGAUCGUCGUAAUAUAUAUUUAAUAUUUACAACAUUGCUACAAAAUAGAUUAGAGGACUUAAAAGUAAUGGGACCAGACUUCAUUUACGGAGUCAUUAGUUUUAUCGAUGGAGAAAGGGAUCCCACAAAUCUUUUGCUAUUAUUUAACAUACUUCCACAUUUUAUGAAAGAAUUUUCAUUAGGACACUUAACCGAAGAAAUGUUCGAAGUCAUUGCGUGUUAUUUUCCAGUUGAUUUCAACCCUUCAGGAUCAGAAGGAAUAGAAAUAACGCGCGACGAUUUAGCCGAAAAAUUAGCGCCUUGUCUUUAUGCUAUACCACAAUUCGCUGAAUAUUGUAUACCUCUUGUACUUGAUAAAUUAGUCUCCAAUCUGAAAGUUGCCAAAUUGGAUUCUUUGAAACUCUUAUGCAACGGUGCGCAAACGUUUGAUAUAAAAGGCCUUGAACCACAUUUGGACGAACUGUGGUCAGUUUCGAAAAAAGAGAUUAUGUACGGCACGGACAUAGAAUUAAAAAAUGCAAGUUUGAAAACAGUCACGUCCAUAAUCAAUGUUCUAUCAAAUGAUUCCAAGCUCCGUGAAAGUUUCAUUGAUAAUAUAAUCGUAGAUACAAGAUCUUCCUUGUACGAUGUACAACUAAGCUUGUUUAAAUCAACCGUGAAAUUGCUAGAAUGCAUAGCAACUACGAAUAAAGAAUCAUGUGUACAGGUGUUAAAAAUAAUAGUACCAUUGUGUCUUGGCCAAUAUUCUACCAAGACUUCAGUAACUGACAAAAUUAUUUUAAUAGAAACAUUAAAUAAUUUUAUUAAAAUCAGUUGUAAUCAUGAAUUUAAUAUUAAGAGUGUUCCAGAGCUAUCAUGGACGGAUAUACCGCAAUUAUAUUUAAAUGAACUCUCGACGCAGCAUGCAGAAUUACAAUCAAGAAUAUUGGUUGGGCUAACGAUACAAAGCUUGUAUUUAAACGAAGUACAUCGAAAUUCACUUUACGAUCAAAUUUGUAAUCUAAUCGAAGCGAGCUGCGAUGAAAUUAGAACAAUCUGCCACACGUCUAUUUUAACUUUUGCUACCUUGUAUCCGCGUGAAAUAUCAGCUUUGGUAGAAGAGAGGUUUCAAUUAGAUACUGACAAGGAGAAAAUAGAAAUACAAGUUCGUAAAUUAGAAGUAUUAGCAGCUGUUGCUAAAACUCAUGAAUUAGGUAUUAAAGUUCUUCCAUGGAUUGUAAGCCAGACAAACGCCGUCGAUUUUAAAAUGAGCUUUACAGCUUUAACGUGUCUUCAUAGGUUAAUUACUACAAAAAACAUUAACUAUGAUAUUCAACAAUAUCUACAUAACGAGUGUAAUAUCAUUGAAAUAUUGCGCGCUCUUAAUGUCAGUCCUAUGGAUCAAAGAUUAAAUCUGAUUUUAAAUAUCUGUCGACUAAUCGUAAGGAAUCUUACGCCCGAAGAACAGCAAAAGAUCGCUAACACCUAUGCUACAACUUUAAGCGAAAACAUUUCAGAAACUAAUGCUGCAUUAAUAAUGAACAUUUUCAUUCCUUUACGCCCAAAUGUUGAUUUAACAAUAAACUUGAAUUUGUUAGAAAAAUUGUACAGUUUAGCACUUAACAGCAUCCAUUUGAACAUAAAAUGUAUAACGUGUAAAUUUAUUGCUGUUAUACUAAACAAAAUGAACGAUGAUAACGAAUGCUUUAAACAUGUUUUGGUAUAUCUUAAAGAAAAAAUAAGUAACAAUCUGGAGUCAAAUAUCGAUAUCGAAGUAAAGAAAGCAUCGGUUUUGUUGCAAAUAUGGUUAACGAAAGCCGUGAUCACUAAAGGUUCCUGUAACGUUGAAAUCUUUCUGGACGAGCUUUCAAAUACUUUUAAACAUGAUCAAGUAGGUCAACAUACUGCACAGGAAUAUAAAAUUUUAACAAAUAAGCUGGAAGAUGUUUUAGUGGAAGAAAAUUUCUGUAAAAUCAAAAUCUUUUACAAACAAAGAGUAUUUGAACAUUUGAUAAGAAAGAAUCACGAAUUCGAGAAUUUAUCCAGACAGAACUAUUUAACUGCGUUGGUGUAUCUAUUGGAAGAAGUACCUAUGGACCUCCUGUUGAUGCAUUUAACAAAGUUGGUUCCCCUUUUAAUAGAAUCAUUAUCACUUGAUAAUGAGCAAUUAAUUUUCUCAACGUUAAUAACGUUAAAAGUUUUAUUAGAAACUAAACAUUCAAUUUUUUUUGAAAAAGCACAAUGUUUCAUUCCAAGAUUUUUUCAAAUGUCCGUCGGUAAAACAAUGAGAGUCAGAAUAGCAGCUUUAGAAUGUUUAACAAAUUAUUGCAAUUACCCGACGGUUUUAAUUAAUACGUACAAGCAAGAUGUAUUGGAAAAAUUGGCAAUCUCAAUCGAUGACCGAAAACGUUUGGUCCGAAAAGUAGCGGCGAAAGCAAGAACGCGGUGGUUUUUGGUUGGCGCGCCAGGAGGAAUCUAAGAACAAUGAUUACUUAUUUUAAAUAAAAUUAAAAUUAGCUACGAAUAAAAUAUUUUAUAAUUUACAAACAUGGACGUUCAUUUUUAUUUUAACGUGUAUCCGAAACGCGGAUUAUAUGUACCUGUUUAUACAUGUAAAAAAAAAAUAAUAAAAGUUUUGUUACAAUAGAUUAGCACAUAGUAUUUGUAUAACAGUGUAGGAUGUAAGAUUCAUUAUAUUGUAUCUGUGCUAUAUUGUA